AUGGCUGGUCUUACAUUUCCUGCUCUGGAUGCAGCCGAAAACUUGACAAAUAUGGAACCACCCUACGCUGCACCAAAUGCAUUUCUCCAACAGUUACAGGAGUACCGGGUAGAACUCGCUGUCACUGAUGGUGACCAUCCUGCAACUUUUGUCGUAUUUGACAAAGAGAUGACAAAAGUCACCACGAAAACUGCGGCUACUCUCACUCUGGAGGCUGUAAGUAUCUACUGCACACUACACUUGGAUUGUUAG